CUAACAGUUUUAACAGCUGAAGAAACGACUGUGGAAAUAGACAGGAAAAGGUGUGUGAUUUGUCACCCUCAGCACAUUUCUCUCAGUUUCUUGGGCCUGUGAAGUCUUCAGACAGCAUGUAUGACCUCCUUUUUCUUGUCUUGUUCUGUUUAAUUUCGCCAAAAGCGAUGGCGGAAACAGUCUAUCAGUUUCCCCCGUCAGUGAAGGUGAGAUCGGGUGAAAGAGUGACCAUGCACUGCCAGCUGAAUGAGGUGCAGUCAUUCUGUCACACAGUGGCCUGGGUCAGAGUACAUCCCGUGAGUGGAAUGAUAGACAUUCUGCAGGACUCAAACAUCCCUCGUCAGACUAAAGAGCAGGUGGAAACCACAGUGUGUCAGGCUUCCAUCUACAACGCAACAGUGCAGGACUCGGGGACGUAUUACUGCAUCACUACAGACCGUGAGCAUAUGUACCUUGGGAAUGGCACAGCUGUCACUGUACAAGCUGGCAGCGCUGUGAUGCCGUCUAUUGAUAUCAUGGCAUUUGCCAGCAGCAACAAACGCGACUCUACAGUCACUCUUCAGUGUACAGUCGGAGAAUUUGCUUCAUCACGGGUCUAUGUGCACUGGCUCAUAGGGAGUAGAAAGGAAAAUGGACAAACUUUGUUUGUUUGGGAAGAAGGCGAAGAGAACUCUGUGAAAAUUCAUAAUUAUGUAGCUGUAUCAGCUGAGGAGUGGAGGACAGAAGGAGCUUACACCUGCGUUGUGAGUUUUGGUGGAUGGAUGUUCAACAAAACUCUGCAUUAUUAUGCUAUCCAGGACACUUGCUAUCCUCUUGUCAGUGUAACCAGAAUUUUUGCGCUUGUCACUGCUCUACUUUUUUUAACAACCUCAUUAAUUUUAGCAAGAUGCAUCUAAACAACAGAAAUUAUGUAUUUGAUCCUAAGACCCGAAAACAUCAAACAUAUGUUGAUUCUUUACAAAUAAAUGUAAAUGUGCAUAAAAUCACGCUCGCUCGCUUUCUCUCUCUGUAUAAAGUUGGAGUCAAAAGUUUACAUACUCCUUGCAGAAUCUGCAAAAUGUUAAUUAUUUUACCAAAAUAAGAGCUUUUUCAGAACAUUUUUAAAUUUUACAUUUCAGAAGCUAAGAUACUUACAUAUUUCCCAGAAGAUAAAAUAAGUUCAAUUUACCCUUAUCCUCAAAUUCAAAAAGUUUUCACGCCCGGCUCUCAAUGCAUGGUUUUUCCUUCUGGAGCAUCAGUGAGUGUUUGAACAUUCUGUAAUAGUUGCAUAUGAGUCCCUCAGUUGUCCUCA